AUGCCAACCUACUCAAGAUUUCUUAAGGAAAUCUUGAGUAGGAAGCGAGAUUGCGACGUAAAGGAGACGGUGAACCUCACCGAAAAUUGUAGUGCUAUUAUUCUUAACCAAAUUCCACCCAAGCUCAAAGACCCGGGUAGUUUUUUUAUCCCUUGUGCUAUUAAGAAGCUUGAAAUAAGCAAUGCCUUGUGUGACUUGGGUGCUAGUGUUAGUCUAAUGCCUUAUUCGGUGUUUACCAAGCUUGAGAUUGGUGAUCUUGUCCCAACCAACAUUACAUUGCAACUUGCCGACCGUUCGGUCAAAUACCCUACUGCCAAGAUUGAGGAUGUACCCUUGAGAGUUGGUGGAUUUGUGAUCCCCGUCAAUUUUGUGGUCCUAGACAUAGAUGAGGACGUGCAUGUCCCUAUUAUUCUUGUUCGCCCAUUUUUGGCCACGGCGGGGGCCAUUAUUGAUGUCAAGCAAGGGAAAAUUACUUUGAAGGUUGGGAAGGAUAGUUUGUUUUUUGACUUGAAUAAGGCCAUGAGUUAUCCUAGUUCUACUAAUGAGAAAUGCUUAGUUGACAUAGGGGUUGAAGAGGCCAACUACAAGGAACUAUUGGAUUCUACCUCACCUUGCGCUCAAUCGGAGCAAUGCUUGAUUGUGCUUGAUCAAAAUGAAGCUUCGAAUAAUCAUGAAUGGCGAAUAGGUAAGGAAGAUCCUAAGGUAGAGCUAAAAUCUCUACCUUCGAGCUUAAGGUACGUCUUUCUCGGUCCAAAUUCUUCUUACCCCGUUAUUAUCAACUCUUCUUUGGACGACGAGCAAGUGCUCAAGCUCACUAAUGUUUUGAAACGUCAUCAAAGAGCUUUGGGCUACACCAUUGGUGAUUUAAAAGGUGUUAUCCCAACACUUUGCAUGCGUCAUAUCGAGCUUGAGAACAAUGCCGUCCCACAUCGUGAAAGGCAAUGA